UCCCAGUCGAACCUCCCUGAAGCUCCGGGAUCCUCAUCCCCCUGUGAGCCGGAGCUGGAGCCCACACCGAUCUCCAGACCCAAGAGAUGCUGUCGCUGCUGUGCUACUCUCUCCUGCUCGUCUCUGCUCAGCAGGACACGAGCCGCGCUCAGAGAAAUGUCCCGCUGGCUCCGGCCGGAGGGGCCGGGGGGGCCCGGGGGGCCGAGAGGCGGCAGUUCUGCCAGUGGCCCUGCAAGUGUCGGGAGAGGCCGCCCUGCGCUCCGGGCGUGAGCGCCGUCCUGGACGGCUGCGGCUGCUGCAAGAGCUGCGCCCGGCAGAUGGGCCAGGCGUGCAACGAGAGGGACGUGUGCGACCCCCACAAGGGCAUGUACUGCGACUUCUCGGCCGACCGGCCCAGAUACGAGGUCGGCGUGUGUGCGUACAUGAUGGCGGUGGGCUGCGACCUGAACGGGGUCCACUACGAGAACGGAGAAGCCUUCCAGACCAGCCCCCUCUAUAAGUGCACGUGCAUCGGUGGCGCCAUCGGCUGCACGCCCGCGUUCAUCCAGAAGCCCGCCAGUCUCCUGGGCCCCGCCCCGCUGAUGGGCAGCCUGCCGGCAGGCCUUCGCAGCGGCCAGAGCCCUAAGAAGCACCGACAGGAGACGACCUACAUGUCAGCUUCCAGGGAUCCUCCCCUAGCCUGGAAGAAGAACUGCCUGGUCCAGACCACGCCGUGGAGCUCCUGCUCCAGGACCUGCGGCCUCGGCAUCUCCGUGCGCGUCAACAACGACAACAGCAAGUGUGAGAUGAGGAAGGACCGGCGGCUCUGCCUCCUCCGGCCAUGUGACAAACGCGUCAUGACGAGCAUCAAGAUGCCCAAGGGAAAGACGUGCCGACCGAAGUUCCAAGCGAAGAAGGCAGAGAAGCUGAAACUCUCGGGCUGCACCAGCACCAAGAAGUUUAAGCCCACCUUCUGCGGCGUCUGCAGCGACCGGCGCUGCUGCGUCCCCAACAAGUCCCGCAUGAUCCGGGUGAACUUCACGUGCAAAGGGGGGUCCAGCACGCAGUGGAAGAUGCAGUGGAUCACCUCCUGCGUGUGCCAGAGGAAGUGCAGCGACCCGGGGGACAUGUUCUCUGACCUGCACCUCCUUUAACCCGGAAACAGCGGCGUUGCCGUGGAAACACCAGGACUGAAGCGCUCACGGACCUCUGGAAUCACAUUCCUGUCGGUUGUGUUUGUGUUUUACUUGACAAAGAACAGGGCCGGCCCAAGCCUCCAUGGGGCCCUCAGCAAAAUGGGAUUUUGGGGCCUGUAGCACCCUAUAAUGUAAUAAUUUCACCCUAUAAUGUAAUAAUUUCACCCUAUAAUGUAAUAAUUUCACCCUAUAAUGUAAUAAUUUCACCCUAUAAUGUAAUAAUUUCACCCUAUAAUGUAAUAAUUUCAACCUAUAAUGUCAUAAUUUCACCCUAUAAUGUCAUAAUUUCACCCUAUAAUGUAAUAAUGUAAUAAUUUCACCCUAUAAUGUAAUAAUUUCACCCUAUAAUGUAAUAAUUUAAUGAAAAUGUAAUAAAAUUUGCACUUAACUCAAUCAAAAAUGUAAUAAAACCCAGUAAUGUAAUAACUUCACCAAUAAUGUAAUAAAAUACCCUGACGGAUAAUGUUAUAACAUUUUUACCGAUAAUGUAAUAAUAAUGUGGAUAAUUUUACCGAUAAUGUAGGUGUUAUUACAUUAUUGGGAAUUUAUUACAUGGUACUCAAAGUCUGCAAUUUAACCCAAUAGUCAUUCUGGUGUUUCAAAUCCAGCGUAUAUAACAUUCUUAGAUACUUAAAACACAAAAUGUAGAACUCUGGACUGAAAAUGAACAUAUAUAUUACAUUAUUUGUCAAGUAUUACAUUAUCAGUUUUGGAAAAAAAAGACCCACCUAAAAAUGUAAUAAAUUCCCAAUAAUGUAAUAAGGUAUUACAUUAUCAGUAAAAAUGUUAUUACAAUAUCAGUCAGGAUAUUUUAUUACAUUAUUGGUGAAGUUAUGACAAGUUAUUACAUUUUCAGGAAAUUAUUACACCCCUCUAUUACUGCCAACAAUACUGAUUAUUGAUCAUUCACACACCCACUAUAAACUUAUUUCAUGUUCUUCCCACUCAUUACAAAUACACUUGGAAAACUAGAUGGAAGAACUUUUGGUUGUAGUUAGAUUGUAAUCCACAGUGAUUAAGACCAUAGAAGCUACAACAGAUUAACAAACUUGCAGAAAAAUCUUUCAAUUCAUAUUGAUCAAAAAAUUAAAAAAAACGACGCAAAUAAAAAAAGCCACAACGGAAGUGAAUUACCGGGGACUAUUUUUGCUGAUGCACCGGUGUUUUUACGAGAGAGGAGAAGAAGAAGACGUAAGUGAAAAGGAAGAAAUAAGAAGAGCGAGGAAUAAGAAGAACAACGAACGAGAAAAUAAGUGAAAAGGUUCGUGUUCAACUUCGCUACGUGUAAUUUUUUUAAUCUUCUUCUUCUCCUCUCACAUAAAAACACUGGUGCAUCAGCAAAAAUAGUUCCCGGUGGCUUUUUUAUUUGCGUCGCUUUUUUAUUUUAUUUGCAGCAGCGUUUAUUAUUUUAUUUGCAGCGGCGUUUCUUUAUAUUUUCAGCGUUUCUUUUAUUUGCAUUUUCAGCAAUGGCGGGUCUGGGCCACCGUAUAACAUGAUACCUUUGAUAAUAUAUGAAUCAUCACUCACACAUACUGUAAAAAAAAUUAUUGUAUUUGUUUUUACUCUUGGGUGCCCCCUAGUGGUCACGGGGCCCUAAGUAGCCGCUUAGUUCACUUAUGCCUUGGGCCGGCUCUGGUUCAGAACUAGGAAAAAGGACUUUUGUGUUAUUUGUUAAACCCCCAUCAGGUGACGGAUCAGGUGCAAUAAUACGUUUUGUUUGUGACACCUGGUACUGAUUCCUGGUCAACUCACAACAGUCCAGGCGUUCGUUCUUCUGACUUGCUUUUUAUUUGUUCUGAUGGGAAUACACUUUAACUUGGUCAUUCAUUAAAUAUUACAUAAUUUAUAAACGUGUACACAAAAAAACUGUGUUUGUGUGAACUUGUUCCCCCUGGAAA